GGGUUGCCACAACAGACCCCGCGCGCCGCGCCCGAGUCGUCGCCGGGGCCCGAGCGGCCGGGGCAGGUGCGGAGGCGCUGGGUCCCCGGCGCGGGAGGGGUCCGGGGCGGGCCGCGCACGCGGGUCCUGGGCCGCGCGCGCCCUUUGGCGGCGAGACGGCCCCUCCCCCACGCUCUCCGGCCCCAGCCGCCCGCGCCGGGCGGAGGGGAGGGACCGCCCAGCAGCCCCGCGAGGAGCCCCCCGCCCCGGCCGCAGCGCGGGGCGGAGCCGCGGCGCCCCCCACCCCACCCCCGACACCUGAGCGGCCGCGGCUCCGGCUGCUCCCGCGCUCCGGCCGGCUUGGGCGCGGCGCCGCUCGAGUCCCCGCGGCGGAGCCAGGUGCGCGCGGACGUCGGCCCUCCCCGGGGGCUCCCACCCCGCCCGACUCCCGAGCGGCCGCCCGGGAAAGCUCUGGAAGCCCCUCCAGUCUCUGCACCUCAGCCUGCUGGAGCACACACAGCUCCUAGUCUAAGAAGGUUUUCUGCAGGGUCCGGUCUGCCAACACCUCUGACGCUGGGCAGCCAUGCCGCGCAGCCCGACCUCCAGCGAGGACGAGAUGGCCCAGAGCUUCUCCGACUACUCGGUGGGGUCAGAGUCGGACAGCUCCAAAGAAGAAACCAUAUACGACACCAUCCGGGCCACGGCAGAGAAGCCCAGCGCCGCCAGCACAGAGGAGAGCCAAGGCAACACGCUGGUCAUCCGUGUCCUCAUCCAGGACCUGCAGCAGACGAAGUGCAUCCGGUUUAACCCGGACGCCACCGUGUGGGUCGCCAAGCAGCGGAUUCUGUGCUCCCUGACCCAGAGCCUGAAGGACGUGCUGAACUACGGGCUGUUCCAGCCGGCCAGCAACGGGCGCGACGGGAAGUUCCUGGACGAGGAGCGGCUGCUGCGCGAGUACCCUCAGCCCGUGGGCAAGGGCGUCCCCUCCCUGGAGUUCCGAUACAAGAAGCGCGUGUAUAAGCAAGCCAACCUGGACGAGAAGCAGUUGGCCAAGCUGCACACGAAGACCAAUCUGAAAAAAUUUAUGGACCACAUUCAGCACCGUUCGGUGGAGAAGAUCGUCAAAAUGCUGGAACGAGGCCUGGAUCCGAAUUUCCAUGACCUGGACACGGGAGAGACCCCGCUGACCUCAGCCGCUCAGCUGGACGAGCCUGCGGAGGUGAUCAAGGCUCUCAGAAACGGCGGCGCCCACCUGGACUUCCGCGCCCGAGACGGGAUGACCUCCCUGCACAAAGCCGCCCGAACCAGGAACCAAGUAGCCCUGAAGACCCUUUUGGAGCUGGGAGCAUCCCCCGAUUACAAAGACAGCUACGGCCUCACACCACUGUACCACACGGCGAUCGUGGGCGGGGACCCCUCCUGCUGCGAGCUGCUGCUCCACGAGCGCGCGGCCGUGUGCUGCAGGGACGAGAACGGCUGGCACGAGAUCCACCAGGCCUGCAGGUACGGCCACGUGCAGCACCUGGAGCACCUGCUCUUCUACGGGGCGGACAUGGCGGCCCAGAAUGCCUCGGGGAACACAGCCCUGCACAUCUGCGCUCUCUACAACCAGGACAGCUGUGCCCGAGUGCUGCUCUUCCGGGGCGGGAACAAGGAGCAGAAGAACUACAACAGCCAGACCCCGUUCCAGGUGGCGAUCAUCGCGGGCAACUUCGAGCUGGCCGAGUACAUCAAGAACCACAAGGAGACCGACAUCGUACCCCUUGUGCCAACCAGGAGGGCUGUGUCUGGGGCUCCGCCUCUGCCCUAUCGCCCACCCGGCGGCUGGGCGCAGCCCUGCAUCCCCGAAGAGCCCACCGGCCUGUUUCCGCCGGCGCCGGGCUGGCACAGGACCUGCAGCGGGGAGCAGUCCCAGUGGACCAGCAGUGUGCCCUUCCGAGAGGCCCCGGCGUACUCCAACCGCCGGCGGCGGCCCCCCAACACGCUGGCCGCCCCCCGGGUCCUGCUGCGCUCCAACAGUGACAACAACCUCAACGCCAGCACGCCCGACUGGGCCGUCUGCUCCGCCACCUCCCACCGCAGUCUCUCACCCCAGCUGCUGCAGCAGACGCCCGGCAAGCCCGAGGGGGCCGCCCGGACCCUUGGGAGCUACGCCCCCGGGCCCCGCAGCCGGUCCCCGUCACUCAACAGGCUGGGCGGUGCCGGCGAAGAUGGCAAGAGGCCCCAGCCGUCCUGGCACGUCGGGCCAGCUUUCCUGCCCGGUGCCAGCAAGGACGCGCUGUCUGCCUUCGAGUACCCGGAGCCCAAGCGGAAGCUGUACAGCGCGGUCCCGGGGAGGCUCUUCGUCGUCGUCAAGCCAUACCUCCCUCAGGUCGACGGCGAGAUCCCCCUCCAACGCGGCGACAGGGUCAAAGUUCUGAGCAUUGGCGAAGGAGGCUUCUGGGAAGGCAGCGCCCGCGGCCACAUCGGGUGGUUCCCGGCCGAGUGUGUGGAGGAGGUGAUGUGCAGGCCCAAGGACAGCCAGGCAGAAACCCGCGCGGACCGCAGCAAGAAGCUCUUCCGGCACUACACGGUCGGCUCCUACGACAGCUUCGAUGCCACCAGUGACUGCGUUAUUGAGGAGAAGACCGUGGUCCUGCAGAAGAAGGACAAUGAGGGUUUCGGAUUCGUGCUCCGAGGGGCGAAAGCCGAUACGCCCAUUGAAGAAUUCACGCCAACGCCGGCAUUCCCAGCCCUGCAGUACCUGGAGUCCGUGGAUGAAGGAGGGGUGGCAUGGCAAGCCGGACUGAGGACCGGGGACUUCCUGAUUGAGGUGAACAACGAGAACGUUGUCAAGGUCGGCCACCGGCAAGUCGUGAACAUGAUCCGCCAGGGAGGGAACCACCUCGUGCUCAAGGUGGUCACGGUGACCAGGAAUCUCGACCCGGACGACACUGCCAGGAAGAAAGCUCCCCCGCCUCCCAAGCGUGCUCCAACCACGGCCCUCACCCUGCGCUCCAAGUCCAUGACCUCGGAGCUGGAGGAGCUCGAUAAACCCGAGGAGAUAGUCCCGGCCUCCAAGCCAUCCCGCGCUGCUGAUAACGUGGCCAUGGAGUCCAGGGUGGCCACCAUCAAGCAGCGGCCCACCAGCCGGUGCUUCCCGUCCGUCUCAGACAUGAACUCCGUGUACGAACGACAGGGGAUUGCUGUAAUGACGCCCACGGUUCCCGGGAGCCCGAAAGGCCCGUUUCUGGGCCUCCCCCGAGGUACGAUGCGAAGGCAGAAAUCAAUAGACAGCAGAAUCUUUCUAUCAGGAAUAACGGAGGAAGAGCGGCAGUUUCUGGCCCCUCCGAUGCUGAAGUUCACCAGAAGCCUGUCCAUGCCAGACACCUCCGAGGACAUCCCGCCCCCACCGCAGUCUGUGCCCCCAUCCCCCCCACCCCCAUCCCCCACCACCUACAACUGCCCCAAGUCCCCAACCCCAAGAGUCUACGGGACCAUCAAGCCAGCAUUCAAUCAGAACCCCGCUGCCAAGGUGUCCCCCGCGGCUCGCUCGGACACAGUGGCCACGGUGAUGAGGGACAAGGGGCUGUACUACCGGCGGGAGCUGGACCGCUACUCCUUGGACUCCGACGACCUCUACAGCCGCAGCGCCGCCGCCCAGGCCAACUUCCGCGCCAAGAGAGGCCAGAUGCCAGAAAACCCGUACUCGGAGGUGGGAAGGAUCGCGAGCAAAGCCGUGUACGUCCCCGCCAAGCCCGCUCGGCGGAAGGGCAUGCUGGUGAAGCAGUCCAAUGUGGAGGACAGCCCCGAGAAGACGUGCUCCAUCCCCAUCCCGACCAUCAUCGUGAAGGAGCCGUCCACCAGCAGCAGCGGGAAGAGCAGCCAGGGCAGCAGCACGGAGAUCGACCCACAGGCGCCCGAGCCGCCGGGCCAGCUGCGGCCUGACGACAGCCUGACCGUCAGCAGCCCCUUCGCUGCCGCCAUCGCCGGGGCCGUCCGCGACCGGGAGAAGCGGCUGGAAGCCAGGAGGAACUCCCCGGCCUUCCUGUCCACAGACCUGGGGGACGAAGACGUUGGGCUGGGGCCGCCCGCUGCCCGGGCUCACCCCUCCGACUUCCCCGAAGAGGUCGGCUUCAGCGAGGAGGAUGGCGCCGAGCCGCUGUCGUUGCCCACGCCGGUGGCACUGCCCAGGGAGCCCGAGAACCACUUUGUGGGUGGUGGUGAGGCUGCAGCUCAGGGGGAGGCCGGCAGGCCGCUGAAUUCCACAUCCAAAGCCAAGGGUCCCGAGGGCAGCCCCGCAGUGCCCCCCAAGAGCAGCAGUGCAGCCAGCCCCGAGAAUUACGUCCACCCGCUCACGGGCCGGCUGCUGGACCCCAGCUCCCCGCUGGCCCUGGCGCUGUCUGCAAGGGACCGAGCCAUGAAGGAGUCUCAACAGGGUCCCAAGGGGGAGGCCCCCAAGGCCGACCUCCACAAACCUCUCUACAUCGAUACCAAAAUGCGGCCCAGCGUGGAAGCAGGCUUCCCUCCGGUCACCAGGCAGAACACACGGGGACCCCUGAGGCGGCAGGAGACCGAGAGCAAGUUCGAGGCGGAGCUGGGCAAGGACCACAAGGGCGAGGACAAGAAGCUCGCGCUCGUCAACAUCGUGGACACGUCCCAGCAGAGGUCGGCCGGCCUGCUGAUGGUCCACACUGUGGACGCAGCCGCCACCGACCACCUGCUGCGGGAACAGGACGAGAAAGCCGACGUGGAGGCCACGCCAGACCACUCGCUGCCCGAGGGGCCAGAAGGCGCUCCCGAAACCGAAGGUGCUUUACAGAUCUCCGCCAGCCCCGAGCCCGCCGCCGCCGUGCCUGGCAGGACCAUUGUGGCCGCGGGCUCUGUGGAAGAGGCGGUGAUUUUGCCAUUCCGCAUCCCUCCUCCCCCUCUGGCAUCCGUGGAUCUGGACGAGGAUUUCAUUUUUACAGAGCCAUUGCCUCCCCCCCUGGAAUUCGCAAAUAGUUUUGAUAUCCCCGAUGACCGCAUCGCUUCUGUCCCUGCUCUCACGGACCUGGUCAAGCAGAAGAAACAGGACGCCUCCCCGUCCCCUUCGUUGAACCCCAGCCAACCAGCCAACUGUGCAGACAGUAAGAAGCCGGCUGGCCUUUCCAACUGCCUGCCCGCCUCCUUCCUGCCGCCCCCCGAGAACUUUGACGUGGUCACGGACUCUGGGAUCGAGGAGGUGGACAGCCGGAGCAGCAGCGACCACCAUCUCGAGACAACCAGCACCAUCUCCACGGUGUCCAGCAUGUCCACCCUGUCCUCCGAAGGCGGGGAGAACGUGGACACCUGCACAGUCUAUGCAGACGGGCAAGCAUUUACGGUGGACAAGCCUCCAGUACCUCCGAAGCCAAAAGUGAAGCCCAUAAUUCCCAAAAGCAAUGCACUUUAUCAGGACGCGCUAGUAGAGGAGGACGUGGAUAGCUUCGGCAUCCCUCCCCCGGCACCCCCGCCGCCGCCGGGCAGCGCCCAGCCUGGGGCCACAAAGGUCACGCCACCAAGGACCUCCAAGUUGUGGGGGGACGUGUCCGAGGUCAGAAGCCCGAUUCGCUCAGGCCCAAAGGCAAACGUGAUCAGUGAACUGAACUCAAUCCUGCAGCAAAUGAACCGAGAGAAAUCGGCAAAGCCGGGGGAAGGACUGGAUUCGCCCACAGGAACCAAGCCUGCCAGCCUUGCUCCAAGAAGUCCAGAGGUCAUGAGCACCGUCUCAGGGAUGCGGAGCACGACGGUGACCUUCACGGUUCGCCCGGGGACCUCGCAGCCCAUCACUCUGCAGAGCCGGCCUACGGACUUUGAGAGCAGGACCUCAGGAACAAGACGUGCCCCAAGCCCUGUGGUGUCGCCAACAGAGCUGAGCAAAGAGAUCCUGCCCGCCCCCCUCUCUGCUGCUGCUGCCACUCCUUCUCCCACUCUCUCAGAGGUCUUCAGCCUUCCAAGCCAGCCCCCAUCUGGGGACCUGUUUGGCUUGAACCCGGCGGGCCGCAGCAGGUCGCCAUCCCCCUCAAUACUGCAACAGCCAAUCUCAAAUAAGCCUUUUACGACUAAGCCUGUGCACCUGUGGACUAAACCAGACGUGGCGGAUUGGCUGGAAAGUCUAAACUUGGGUGAGCAUAAAGAGACCUUCAUGGACAAUGAGAUUGAUGGCAGUCACCUACCAAACCUUCAGAAGGAAGACCUAAUAGAUCUCGGGGUGACUCGGGUCGGGCACAGGAUGAACAUAGAAAGGGCUUUGAAACAGCUGCUGGACAGAUAAGGGUGGCUGCUCUGUACCUUCACAGACUCCUUGUUAUAAGUAGAGAUGGGCUUCUACUGAAAUAUUUGGGCAGCCAAGCAUGGUCUGCGAGCACCAACCCCACUCCACGGGUGUGUCUCCUGGUACCCAAAGAAAUGCCGAGUGUGUCCAGGUGUGGCUGAGCGAAGGCCUUGAAACGCCCCCAAUCUCCAUGUGGGCUUCCCGGGCUGUUUCUGUGCAGCAGGGGACACGGGGAGGGAGUUCUGCACCACAAGGGAGAGGCCCAGCUUGCCUCCCAGCAUGCAGGUGACCUCACGAUGCCACGCCCCGGGGACGCCCCCGUCGACUUAGCACGGGACCCUCGCUCUUGCAGACACCAGUGUCCUCUAGAUGCCUCCUGAGACCUCCCUCUGCUUUCCGGGCAGCUGUCACCACCCCAGGCCCGCCGCAGUCUGUGGCCUCCGGGAGGGUUCUCAAUGCUCACUUGCUCCUUUCUUUCCUCUACUUCGCUUGCGGUAAAACACCCCAGAGUAAUCUGUCCGGUGCCCCUUCUUGGGCCCGAAAGGUAGAGAAUCUUUUUUUCCUCUGGAUUCAUUACCCCAUCUCCUCCUGCGAGGUGCGUCCGUGGUUCUUCGGCCAUGAAGCUCUUGGCAGUGGUGGGGAGUCUAAAUGGGAUCGUGCCCAGCUUUGCAUAGCUUGCUUGCUUGCUUUCUGCAAAUCUAUUAGCAUAAUUCCAAAGUGGCCAAACAGAUGUCACAUGGAGUUAGUCAAAGCACAAAGUCACGAUUCCAAGGAGGAGGGGAGACCGGGCCACGGGAAGCAGCCAGUGUGCAGCGGCCUGGGUCCCGAGUCUCCUCGAGGGGAAGAGCCGUGAGUCAUCUGCCAAGAGUGUCUCCAGGACGGUGAGAAAGGGAUUCUCUGCCUUUCACGACAUUUUUUUUAAACUGCAAGUGUGCUGCAUUCUGCAAAGAUCAGAGCAGGUGAGCGUCCACCUUACACACGAGGGCGGGACACGAGGUGAACGGGGGGCUCGUGCCGCGGCAAAGGAGCCCGCAUCUUCCCCGGGAGCUGGUGAGGCGCCACGAUGUCAGUUCCCAGCCCGGCCCCGGGUGAGCAUCUCUGCCGAGACAGCCCCUCUGCUCUCUGAGGCCAGGGAACAUGGUACUUGGGGCUCCCCCUUUGUCUCCAACUGUCCGCACAGCCCACCAGUUUGUCCUACAACAGGCUUCUUGAGCACACGGAGGGUAUGGCGUCUAGACCGGACUCAGGGUUUAGAACACACGGGGGGCUGCAGGGCGAGGGGGCAGGCAGACAAAUGAACAAAGGCCAGCCAGGAAGGCUUCCCCGGGCUGCACCAGGCCCCUCCCACGAGGCUUUUCUGGGCUGUGCCUGUUCUCCUCCCUGGAGUCCCCUCACCAGUAACAUUACCUCCAGCUUCCAAGGGAGGUUGCCGCCUGCCCAGGGGCCACCAGACAUCCAGCCAGGCUUCUAGCACAUUCUCCCACACUUGGAAGGAACUCGAACCGCAGGUUUUGGCUUUUAUUAUGAUUUCAGAACUAGUCUAGCCCAUCUCUAAUUAUAAAAACAUGAUUUUUUUUUCCUUUCUUUUCUUUAUGCUCACAAUCAAGUGUCUGAUUAGGUCUGGAACAGCUCUAGAAUGAACACAUAAAAUUUAGCAAUUUAAAAUCUCUUUCUUUACUGCAAGUUUAAAUAGUUGUACAGAUAGUUUAUAAGCACAAUAUUUUAAGAAAAAAAAAAAGUGGCUGGUCUACUCGGCAGCCUUUGUGCCACUUCAGUGCUAGAAAGUUAAAGAAAAAAAAAAACUUUUGUGAUUUAAUAAUACUAUUUCUGUGGGAUUAUAAAAGUAUGACCUUUUUAAAUCAACCUUAUUUGGAUGCAUCUGAACCAGCAGAGCUGUGUUAUAUUUUCUAUCUUUGCUAGAACUUCGUCAUCGAAGGACAGUUACUUCUUCAAAAGUGGUUACGAUUCACAACGCAGCAGUUUCUCCAAAAACAAACAUGCAUCACCCACACACACAACACACACACGCGCGCAAACUUUUUCCAGCCAAAUGCCCCUGAAUCGGAAACUGAGUUUUGGACCUUCCUCUGUUCCACACCCUUCUGCAGGGCAAUCUGUAUCUGAGAAUGCCCCAAUCCAACGUGAAAUCAAUUGAAUAUGAAGGCGCUUCUGUCCCACGCACCUGCGAUCCCACGGUCGUGGGGUGCACCCAGGACGAACAGGUGGCCUGCUGAGGCCACCUGCGAGUGUUCAGAAAACGAAAAGGUGGUGGCUAGGCCAUUAUUUGUCUUCCAUUUGGUGAUAGAGCAAAAUCCAGUCAGUGCACCGCUCACCCUGGCUUUUCCCUCCUCUGCCUACUGCCCGGCAUUACCUCCGCGCUCCAUGCCGGGCGACACCCAGCAUGAGAGCAAGCGCAGGACGGGAAGGCGCUGCUAGGAUGCCACCUGGUGGCUUCAGGUUCACUGGACUCUGGCUGCCACGCCCUUUCUUAGAGAGCUGUCCAGCCACGGGCAACUUAUCUGAAGCAAGCAGACUGCACGACAAAAAAGAAAAAAAAAAAAAAAAAAAAAAAAAGCCAGGCAGUCACUUAUUUUUGCCUUGUCUUAUUCUAGAAAAGUCACAGGACCCCGCAGAACCUGCACUGACCAACAGAGUAACACAUGUUGCCAAGAUGAACCCAUCUCUAGCCCUAUUCGAUGGUGUUGCUACAGAAAGCAAUACUUCCUCCGGGACCGCCACCCGCUGCUCUCCCCCGCCCCCCCGACAGGUUAGGACCAGGCCCUAUCCCAUGACCCCCUCAAUGGUGGGACACGAGUCAAACUGCUCAUAUAAAGAUCAUGUUAAUACUAUUCUGGGUUUUAAGAUCAACUUUUGUUAUCUACUGUAAUUUAAAUAAAUUGCAUUUCCAUGCCUAGUGUCUGUAACAUUGUGUAUGCGAAACCAAACUCUCCAGCUGUAAGCCCUGAACCCCCCGCGGAGACGCCCGCUCCAGGGGCUCCGCCACAUUCUAGGUCAGCUCAUGUACUACAGACUGACGCAGUGUGACUGUUGACCUGCUGAACUCUACAUAUCACAAAGUGGGUUAUUUGUGGUACUUCAGUUAGUAAAAUGGGGAUUUUUUUUUUUUUUCUGAGUUAACUGAACAAGCAAGCAUUACCAGGUGAUCCGGCAAUGACUUUGUGUGUGUGGGCCACAAAUACGGAUUUUUUUUUUUCCCAUUAACAAAUUUUUUUUUGUUUUUUUGGAAACUAAUAUGUUUCACACUAUGGUUUGUGUAACUUGUGUUCGCAUUAUCUGUGUUGCUGUUACUUUUGUGCUUUUAUUCCUUUUAAACUUUAUUUUAAAAAACAAAACAAAACAAAACAAAAACCAAGCUCCUGUAACGUGCACUUCCUCCUGAUCCUUCAAUCUCUUGUACGGCAACCAAAAUUACUGUAAGAAAAAUAAACAUGCGAUUGCACUAAG